CGCCCUCCCACCGGCACUCCCCUCGCCUGCUCCACGACGCUUAUGCGCUCGCGUCCCGCUCUCGCCGCCCACCUCCGGCGCCUGCUCCUCCUCUCUCCCUCCGCCCACCUCAUCAUCAUCCGCCGCGCCAUGGCCUCCGCCGCCGCCGCGCAGGCGCAGCCAGGUGGCGCCCCACCGGCGACCGCGGAGUACGAGGAGGUGCUGGGGCGGCUCUCCUCGCUCAUCACGCAGAAGGUGCGCGCGAACAGCGCCAACCGCGGCAACCAGUGGGACCUCAUGGAGCACUACGUCAAGAUUCUGGAGCUGGAGGAGUCGAUCGCGCGGAUGAAAGUGAUUCACGUCGCGGGGACCAAGGGGAAGGGUUCCACAUGCACAUUCACCGAGUCAAUCCUGCGAUCGUGUGGCUUCCAUACUGGGCUGUUCACCUCACCACAUUUGAUGGAUGUUAGAGAGCGAUUUCAGCUAGAUGGGGUUAAUAUUUCUGAAGAGAAAUUUUUGAAGUACUUCUGGUGGUGCUGGAACAAGUUGAAGGAGAAGACUGAUGAUGAUAUUCCCAUGCCAGCCUAUUUCAGGUUCCUCGCGUUGCUCGCAUUCAAGAUAUUUUCUGCUGAGCAGGUAGAUGUUGCUGUUCUUGAGGUUGGCCUAGGAGGGAAGUUUGAUGCAACUAAUGUGGUUAAAGCACCUGUAGUUUGUGGCAUAUCUUCCCUUGGAUAUGAUCAUAUGGAAAUCCUUGGGAAUACACUUGGAGAAAUCGCAGGAGAGAAGGCUGGGAUUUUCAAGAAAGGAGUUCCGGCCUAUACUGCUCCACAACCAGAAGAGGCAAUGACUGCUCUCAAACAAAGAGCUUCGGAAUUGGGUGUCUCUCUCCAAGUCGUUGAUCCUCUGGAGCCCCAUCACCUAAAAGAUCAGCAUCUUGGGCUGCAUGGAGAACAUCAAUAUAUAAAUGCUGGCCUUGCAGUUGCUUUGGCUAGUACGUGGCUUGAGAAGCAGGGACAUAAAGAUACGUUACCACUCAAUCGUACUGAUCCCUUACCAGAUCAUUUUAUUAGAGGGCUAUCAAGUGCUUCUUUGCAAGGCCGAGCACAGAUUGUUCCAGAUUCACAAGUGAAUUCAGAAGAGGACAAAGAUUGUUCUCUUGUUUUUUAUUUGGAUGGAGCGCACAGUCCUGAAAGCAUGGAAGUAUGUGGCAAGUGGUUUUCCCAUGUCACAAAGGAUGAUACAAGGCUACCAUCUUCUUUGGAGCAGUCUCAUACAUCUAGGUCUCAAAAGAUCCUUCUGUUCAACUGCAUGUCUGUGAGAGAUCCGAUGAGAUUGCUUCCUUGUCUCCUGGAUGCAUCAACUCAAAAUGGAGUCCACUUUGACCUGGCCCUAUUUGUGCCGAACCAAUCACAACACACGAAGCUUGGUUCUAACACUUCAGCACCAGCGGAGCCUGAGCAAAUCGAUUUGUCAUGGCAGCUGUCACUUCAAACAGUGUGGGAGAAGUUACUUCAGGAUAAAGGUAUAAAUACUACAAAAUCCAGCGACACUAGUAAAGUUUUUGAUUCGCUUCCGGUCGCAAUCGAGUGGCUAAGGAGAAAUGCCCGAGAAAACCAAUCUACUUCUUUCCAGGUGCUGGUUACUGGCUCCCUGCAUCUCGUUGGGGAUGUCUUGAGAAUAAUCAAGAAGUGAUACGCCGCUCGAAAUCCAAACUGGAACUGGACUAUGAUCUAUGGUCUCUCCCAAGGCUAACAUGAUUAGCAAGGGGAGACAUUUGAACGGUGCUUGCUUAUUGGUGCCAACCAAGCUGCGAGCUUCUUGUGUUUUUUUUUGUGGCCACGGUCGCCUUCCACUCGGGAAACCACCGCGCCCGUUCUUGUGAAGGCAUGGAAUAGGAUGAUCGUGCCACCAUAGAACAUAACUGGGAAAUGAAUUUGACAUGGAACUGGGACAGUCUGUAUACUCACAAAAUAAGAUCGCGUGGGGUUUUCUUGUUCAAGUGCAAAGAAACCAGUCAAUUCUUCUCCAGAGUAGCAAGAAUUCAUUCAUGUUGUGACUUUGAUG